CCCGCAACCCCAUCCCUCCGUGUGCGUGAGCGUCUAGGUAACUGCUGGGUAACCGGCAGUUCACGUGUUGUUUUGCUCUUCGCGGGGACGAGCAAAGUGCGAGAAGUAACUCGCUGCGUCCGUGGUGCUGAAACUGACGGAGCUUGCGCAGUAGCCUCGGGCGGACAGAGGCGAAGGAGCGCGAGCUGAGGGUAAGAGCAGACCCAGAAGAUACCAGGGACAGGUGCCGUGCGCCGCGGAAACUCGGGGCUCGCCCUCCUUGGAACACCGUCCCAUCCUGGGGGAUGGCGACCUCCCCCGCACCAGAAUCGCCCAGCAGUUCCUCGGCUGGCCCCAAUCUCAACAACAACAACAACAACAACCACAACCAGCAACAACAACAGGAGCAGCAGCCGCCACCGCCGGGCGUGCGCAAGUGCGGCUACCUUCGCAAGCAGAAGCAUGGCCACAAGCGCUUCUUCGUGCUUCGCGCCCCCGGUGGCGGGGCGGCAGCGGGGGAGGAGGCGGCGCCGCAGCAGCCCGCCCGACUGGAGUACUACGAGAGUGAGAAGAAGUGGCGGAGUAAGUCCACGGCUCCCAAGCGGACCAUUGCCCUCGACGCCUGCCUCAAUAUCCACAAGCGAGCCGACGCCAAGCACAAGCACCUCAUCGCCCUCUACACGCGCGACGAGUACUUCGCCUUGGCGGCUGAAAGCGAGCCAGAGCAGGAGGCCUGGUACCAAGCGAUCACGGAGCUGCUCCACGAGAGCCAGGCCGCGGCACAGGGCUCUCCUCGGCAUCCGUCCCACUUGGCCUCUUGCGAGGACUUCAGCUACGGGCAACCAAGCUGCAGGCCCCCUGCGUCCGCCGCCUACCGCGAGGUGUGGCAGGUGACGCUGAAGCCGAAGGGACUCGGGCAGAGCCGCAACCUCACGGGCGUGCACCGCCUGUGCCUGGCGGCGCGCACAGUCGGACUGGUGCGGCUCAACUGCGAUCGGCCUUGCGUGACGCUGCAGCUUAUGAACAUCCGCCGAUGCGGGCACUCGGACAGCUUUUUCUUCAUGGAGCUCGGGCGCUCGGCCUCGACAGGGCCCGGCGAGCUCUGGAUGCAAGCCGACGACUCGGUGGUGGCGCAGAACAUCCACGAGACCAUCCUGGAGGCCAUGAAGGCGCUGCGGGAGCUCGUGGAGUUCCGUCCGCGGAGCAAGAGCCAGUCCUCGUCCUCCUCGUCCGGAGGCGCCACCACAGUCGCCGUGAAUGUGGGCGGCGGGGGAUUAUCGUCUAUGUGCAGCCGGCCCAUCUCAGUUCCCGGCCGCCGCCAUCACGCCCAUCACCCGCUGGCGCCUCUGCCCCCGAGCCAGACUGGCCUCCUCCGCCGAUCGCGCACUGACAUCUUGACUGUAGCAGGGAGCAGCAGCAGCAGCAGUAGCAGUAGCAGCAGCCACGGCAGCCGGGUGCGGACGGCCAGCGAGAGUGAUGGAAUUAGGGCUGACUCGCUGUCUGGCAGCCCCCUGAGCCCCGAAACGGGGCAAAUCCCACAUAGCCUUGGAAUAAGAGGGGGCCCUAGCCCACUAGGAGGGCAAGCACCGAUCCACUCUGGUGGUUCCCUAGCUUUAGGGCAUUCUUCCCCCCUGGGACCAAAGCUGACCACUGAGCCAAACUUGGCCUCACAACGCUUAUCUAGUUGCAGUGCUUCUGCCUCUGGUUCCCCCAGUGACCUAGCUGGCUUCAUGACUUUCGAGGAAUUAGGUUCCAGUCCAGCUGGAGACCUACUGCCAUUCUCAUCUUCUUCAGCAACAAGCCAUCAUAGCAACACACCUGAGACGCCUCCUGGGUGGCAGUUGGAUGGUUACAUUGCUAUGGAGCGGGAACCCCUUCGCCACCAGCAAUAUCUUUGUGGAGAGGACAAGGUUCCCAGGAAGCGCACUUACUCUUUGACAACACCAGCACACCAAGGCUCCUUGCCUCCUCCAGUUUCCUCUGCCUCCCUUGAUGAGUAUACACUCAUGCAAGCCACCUUUUCAAGAGCGGGAUAUUCACCAAAGACAACCUAUACUCCUUAUCCCAAGGAUUAUUGUCAGGUAGACAUUGGGUGUAAUGGCAUCAGCAGUGAUAGGUCACACUUAGGUUGCACUGUGCCUAAGGAGGAUGGCUAUAUGCCCAUGAGUCCCAGCAUAUCAUCUGUUGUGUCAUUGGAGACUGAUUCUGAUGGCUAUAUGUCUAUGCACCCCACCAGUGUAUCAGCCCCACAGCAGAUUGCACAGUCUUACUCCUACAAAAUCAACAGGGAAAGUUCUCCAGAUGAUUGUGGUUACAUGCAUAUGUGGGGUACCAGAACUAGGCUACCUGGACAGAGUCCAGAAGAAAGAUUGGCCAGCGAUGACUACAUCAGUAUGUCCCCUUUGCUUUUGCCCCCUUUGCAUGGACCUUCUGCUUCAGACUCACCUAUGCUCUGCACUGACCAUUUCAGUGCCCUGAGGCUUGGAAAACAGGCUGGUUACUUGGGUAGCCUAUUGCAUGCAUGCCAACAGCAGUCAGAUUCCCAUGGUGAGAGAAAGGACAGUGACCAGUACGUGCUUAUGAACUCUCCAACAGGCAGACAGAAUUACACUCCCAAAGGGAAAUUCUUUCUUGCACCAUGCAACAAUACUGCAGUGCAUUUAUCCAUGCAACACAAUCAAACUGAGACCUCUUUCAGCCAAAAGACAGGUAAUACCCAGCCCAGUCAUCCUUCUCUGGGGCUUUUGCUACCCAUCAUGAAUGAACAGACUCUUCUAAAGGAACCUCAGAAUUCCAGUGGAGAUUAUGUUGAUAUUGGCUACUCACUGACGCCAACCAGUAAUGGUUUAUCUUCUCUGCUUAACCCUGGCUUAGGUGGGCAUAAUGGCUCAAGGAUUUCCAGUUAUAUGAACCUCAACUUUGAUAGUCCACAGACAAAUGCCAUCUCUCUAGGGCGCUUGGAAGAUAUACUUAUGCCAGGAUCUUGUCCUAACCCUGGGAAGCUAGACAAGCAUUAUUUAAAGGUUGGAAUGCAGAUGGCUUGCCUUUCCAGCCCGACUUCUGAAGCUGGUGACUACGCAGAGAUGAUUUUUAACACUGCCACAGCACCACCACAACCCAUCUCACACAAGCCAGAAAGUGUUUGUGUGACUGGUCCUGGCCCUGGACUGAAGCAACUUACCCUUCCUGAGGUGGAGGCUUUUGUCUUUGCUGGUCCUCCUUUUGAUCCCAAUCGUGGAGCCAAAGUAAUUCGUGCUGAUCCUCAGGGGCGUCGAAGGCACAGCUCAGAAACUUUCUUAUCUACUACCAUGGUGACUCCUGUUUCUCCUUCCUUUGCGCACCACCCUAAGCGGCAGAAUUCAGCCUCUGUAGAAAAUGUGUCCCUCAGGAAAAAUGAAGGUUUGGGGGGAGAGGAACAGAACAGCAGCCCCAUGUGCCGGGAAACAUCAGCUGGCUUCCAGAAUGGUCUCAACUACAUCGCUGUUGAUGCAUUGGAUGGAAGUGAUCUUGCAGUUGGAGACCAAGUCGAGCACAAAGACUGGUAUCCUCUCCAUGGAAAUAUCAACAGUACUUAUGCCAAUAUAAGUGUUCUGGCCCAGCAUCUGAAAAAAGCAUCUUUAGUGAAAGAAUGAAGAAACCAGUUUCACCCUUAUACUUGGUAAAACUGUCAUCAUUUUAGAUUUAAGCUGCUAUAAGAUCCAUUUUUCUCCCUACUUCAUGUAGCUUUCAGAACAUUUCUUCAUUAUUACUGGAGAAGAAGCAACCUGUCUCAUUUAUCAGGAUCUUUUGCAACACUAUGCCGCUGUUUGCAUAAAUUGUGCUCAGCGUGAUAUCUUUUAGGAAAUUGGACCUCGGCUGGUGGAUUGUGAUGAUUGCCUUUUCAGUACCAAUGAACUGUACUUAACUUCAGCAUGUUGAGAGGUUCUGCUUGCACAUGCUACAAACGUAAAAUUUGGUGUUUACUAGCAUAUUUUCAAACCUCUACAGCACUACCUCAGUUAAAAGUCAAACUGGAUUUGUAUUGUGGUUUAGGAUGGCUGACAUUUCCUUUCUCUCAGUGGCAUAGUACAGUUGUCAGCCUUACCGAAUCUAUCAAGGACCCUGCUACUGUCUGGCUGCUUUGUUUACUUACAUGCAAACCCAAAAUAGGACCUGGAAAACUUAAAGCCAAGAUGAAACUUGAGAAAUUAGAUUUUUAUCACUAUAUUUCUGGUAAAUAUGAGAUCUGCUACGGAAGUAGCAAAACAUGGUACCAUUAAACUGUAUUGGGAUGUCACUCUAUACCUCUGACACAUUUGUUUGAUAGUUUCUUUUAAAAGUUCUGCAGACUUCAGAGAUCUUUUAUCCUAUUUGUAUGCUUAUGUUUAUCAGCUAUUCUUGGUAUUAGCUUAUUUUCUUGCAACUAAAAUUUAGAAAUGAAGAUUAAUACAUGUCAAAAAGAUGGCAAACUUUUGUACAAAAUUCUACAUAUUAUUCAGUAAACCUGAAUAUUUUUCUUCAACAAGAAAUAACAAUUUUCAUUUAAAAAAAACAUAAUAUUUGGGGAGAGGGCAAAAUUUUCAGUCAGUCUCCUAAUGAUAAUUCAUAAGAACAUACAUAUUCAGUAUUUUGAAAAUAACAGUGUCAUGGCUGCUAUUUUUACAUACCUUCAGAGCUUUGAGGGUCCUCCGCGUGUUGCUUCUGAUCCAUUUUUGAUUGAAGAGACUUUUUAAAAAUGUAUUGUUAUCAUUACUAAGAGCAACCAUAAGUUUUUCUUUGAACAUUGUCUGUGUUUAAGCAAUGAACACAAUGUCACCAGAAGCAGUACUUUCUAUCUUUACUGAACUGUUGCUCAGGAUAAUUCAAAAUUCUCCUGCUUUCAUGCUGAGCAUUGGGACAGAGGGCUCUGUAAAAUGAUGCAUCUGAAUGAAAUAUUACCAUAUAAAAAUAAUAAGUAGCCCACAUUACUGCAGAAAUUUUUGUCUGCAAUUUCUAAUAUUCCUGAUUAAUGCCUGUGCUGGCUUAGGUUUUGGAGAUUGUGAUCCAAAAAUCUUGAAAGCAUUACAUUGUGGGGGAAUGUCAUAAAUUAAAUUAAUGAAGAUAGCUGGGUAUCAUGUCCUCAAGUAAUGGAGCACUGCAUCUGAAUGACUUUGGGGGAAAAGUCAGUUCCUAAUACCAUAAUAGUCAAUUUAGUUAGUUUCUAAAAUAAACGAGCUUGAAUAUAUACUGACAUUGUCAAUACUUUACAUUUCACAAAGGCAUAUGCAAAUAGUUACAUUCUUAAUCUAGUUUACAAUAUGAAACCAAAAUGUAUAAAUGUUAAAUUUGCUAACACUUUGCUAUGUAUAUUGGGUCUUUGUACAUUCUGCCUGGUUUUACCUUAAAUUUUAAAUAUUUUUUGCUAUGUAACAUUAACAGUUAAAAGCAUUGUUUUCUUUUUAGAAAUAUAAUUGUUUCUGGACAUUGAUAUAGUAAAUAUAUUUCUUGGCAUUGAGCUAAGGCAAAACACUUAAUUUAUCUUGCUGUGUCUUCCAAUGCACACUAUGUACAUAGAAAUAAUCAGUGAUGCUGCUGGGGAAGAGAAAACAUGGAACUAAAAUUUAGUCUUUAGUCUUUACUGAUCUUGGCUGCUAUCCUUAAUAGCCAUAUGCAAUAAAAUAUUAUUUAUUGAAGCAUUAAAGUCCUUAAAUAACUCUUCUUUUUAAAAAAUCAAAAUUGUUCUGUAUAAUAUAGCUUUCUGCUAUCUUUUGGGGCCUCUUGGCUCAGUCUGCUUCUCUAGUCCAAAGCUCCAUUAGUAAAAAUGAUCAAUCCUGUCUUUCGCUUGAAAAUGUGCACUGUAGUCCUGGGAAAAUACUUUCAGAUUUGGAAACUUUUUUUUUUAUUAGAACAGUACUUUUAAACAGAUAUUUUGUCCCAUCAAUCCGUGUAGUGAUGACAUUAAUUCAGGAAAAUUAUUGUCAGCAACCUUUUUGGCAAAUGAACAUCUCUGCCAGUGUUACCACUUGGGGUAAGUAAUAUCUCCAGAAUUUUUUUUUUUCAUCUUAAUGAGUUUUUAUUAUUUUUGUUGUAUUUUGAGAAGUUGUGUUUAGUAGCUAUCGGUUUGCUUGUUUGUUGCUUGUUUAUUUAUUAUUAGGAUUCUUUGCCACACAUUUUGCCAAGGCGACCUUAGGCAGCUUACAGUCAAACAAUUAUCAUACCAUUUAAACAUUAAAAUGCUAAAAAAAAAAUUACCAUGCAUUUAAAAAUUUGGAUAAAAUUCAAUUAACCAUAAUGGAAAGGAAGGGAACAAAGUGCCUGUGGAGAGGAGGUGGUGGUCUGACUAAUCCAUUAACCAUCUCCAAGACAAUUCCACGAGCAAUUCCAUCCAGAUAUCAGGGUUUGACACUAGAAAUCCUUGAUCUAAUAAAAUAUUCAUUGGUAAAAUCUUGUUUUAUUAAACUUUAAUUAAGUCUGAAACAUUUACUUUUUACAAUGUGCAAAGGGGCUCAUCAUUUCUGCCACCAUUCUACCAACCAUAGAAAAUUCUGAUCACUUUAGAAAAAGAAAUGCUGCAAAACAAUUAUCUAUCUCUAAGAACAAGACCUGUAUAAUAAUGUAUUUUCAAGCAUAAACUGCGAAUAUUUCUGUGAAAAGAGUUUAUGGUCUCUGACAUUCACUCAGCCAUCCAUUUUUUCCUUGAUGUGUUUUUGUCUUCUCAUUCGCUAUAACAUCAUCACAAUUUGUCAUCAGCAGCAUUGGCAAGGGCUCUGGACAGAUGGCAGGUGGCUGUCUUUCUCUCAC